GAUAUAAAAAUCACAGCUCCCACCAUUUUCUGCUUGCUGACACAGACUUCUUAGUGGUAGGCAAAAUGGCUUUUCAUUCUGUAUUUCUAGUUUUCUUAGCUGGCCUGGCACUUUGCUCCGAAGCUUCACCAUUGGACCCUCUUGAUGCCAAGCAUCCUCUUUUUGUAAAAGUUGUGGAUUCCGUCCGAGGAAGUCCAGCUCCAAAUGUUGCAGUUAAAUUAUAUAAAGAAGCUGCAGAUGGGUCUUGGGAACUGUUAAAUUCAAAACAAACCAAUGACAAAGGAGGCCUCCCAGAGCUUACAACUAAAGAACAAUUUGUAGCAGGGUUAUACAAGCUUGAGCUUGAUACAGCCUCUUACUGGAAGAGUCUGGGCUUGAAUCCCUUCUACCACCAUGCUGAUGUGGUGUUCACAGCUAAUGAUGCUGGUAAUCGGCAUUACAAGAUUGCUGUUGUACUCAGUCCCUUCUCUUACUCAACCACAGCUGUAGUUAGUGAGCCAGUGGAAUAGAAGCUGACAUUAGGCAUGAAAAUUCAGUUGUGUAAAUUAAAAUUUCCAUAAAUGAUAAGAACUUA